CCUGGGCAAAUUUAGACCUUUUGCGUGGACAAGGCAAGCGUUCCUUUCCUGCGAAAAUUGCGCUAGAAUUUGCAAAAACUGUAAAACCCGGUGGCGGAUAGCUAAAACUGGGCAAUUUGCAGGCCUGUUGAAGUGUAAACAGCACCGGAAAGACAGACGCGCGUGCAAAAGCAAAGUGGGAUUGUGAGAAAAACUGGAUUUCGGACUACAUCUUGGGCAAAAGUAGGUGCUGACCAUGUCCGGCAUUGCAAUCACGCGAUUGGGCGAGGAGCGGAAGGCGUGGCGCAAGGAUCACCCCUUUGGAUUCGUGGCCCGUCCCGCCAAGAAUCCCGACGGCACCCUCAACCUGAUGAUCUGGGAGUGCGCCAUUCCCGGCAAGAAGUCCACGCCUUGGGAGGGCGGCCUCUACAAGCUGCGCAUGAUCUUCAAGGACGACUACCCCACCUCGCCGCCCAAGUGCAAGUUCGAGCCGCCGCUGUUCCACCCCAACGUCUAUCCCUCGGGCACCGUCUGCCUGUCGCUGCUCGACGAGGAGAAGGACUGGCGCCCGGCCAUCACCAUCAAGCAGAUCCUGCUGGGCAUCCAGGAUCUGCUCAACGAGCCCAACAUCAAGGACCCGGCCCAGGCGGAGGCCUACACCAUCUACUGCCAGAACCGCCUGGAGUACGAGAAGCGAGUCCGCGCCCAGGCCCGCGCCAUGGCGGCCACCGAGUAGUCCGAGUAGUCUAGGUCCGCCUCCAGGUCCGAUCCCACAUAGGCAUUAACAUAAACAAACACACACACAAACACACAUCUAGACGGAAAGCGUUUUCGUGAACGCUUCCACAUCUAUUUACUUUUACUAAGUUGACCUAAUUGAACGAAACUCUACGGCACACAAAAUCCACAUUUGAUUAUAUCUUUGCUCUAUACCAGCUACUAUGUGUAAUUCAUCAUUUGAAUAAAAUCUAAUAAGUCGA